AGCUCUGGGCCGCGGGGCGCGGGGCUCAGGGCACCGGGCGCGGAUCCGGGCCCCGAGGGCGCGGGCCGGGCGGCAGGUGCGCGGCGCGGACUACAAGUCCCAGCAUGCCCAGCUACCCUGACCCGGCCCCCGCUGCCACUUAAAAGCUUCGGGAGCCGCAGCCGUCGGGUCGCCGCGGCUUUCGCUUUGCCGCCGCUGCUGGGCGGGCGGGAGGAGCGGGCUCGGCGGCCGGUUGUCCUCGCGUCCGCGUUUCGGCUGCGCCGAGGGGCGCCCCUCGUCCAGCCCUCCCGGCUCGCGGAUUCCCUCCCGAGGCGCCCGCGCCCCCCGGGCUCCCCGCCUCGGCCACCCCGCGGCCCCGAUGCCGAGGCAUGGAUAGAGCGGCGCUGCGCGCGGCGGCGAUGGGGGAGAAGAAGGAGGGCCGCGGCGGGGGGGACGCGGCGGCCGCGGACGGGGGCCCCGGGGCCGCAGCCAGCCGGGCGCUGCAGCAGUGCGGCCAGCUCCAGAAGCUCAUCGACAUCUCCAUAGGCAGCCUGCGCGGGCUGCGUACCAAGUGCGCCGUGUCCAACGACCUCACCCAGCAGGAGAUCCGGACCCUGGAGGCGAAGCUGGUCCGCUACAUCUGCAAGCAGCAGCAGUGCAGGCUGAGUGUGGCUCCUGGUGAGAGGACCUCGGAGCUCAACAGCUACCCUCGCGUCAGUGACUGGCUGUGCACCUUCAAUGUGAGGCCGGCGGUGGUGCAGGAGAUCCUCAGCGAGCUCACGCUGGAUGCCCUGCUGGACAUGAACGAGGUCAAGGUGAAGGAGACGCUUCGGCGCUACGGGGCCAAUGCCGAGGAGUGUAGCCGCCUGCAGUACGCCCUUGCCUGCCUGCGGAAAGUGACAGGUCUGGGAGGAGAGCACAAAGAGGACUUGGGCUGGAGUUCACUGGAUGCCCGGCGGGAAAGUGGCUCAGGGCCUUCCGCGGAUGCCCUCUCACCGGCCAGCCUGGCUUGGCCCCCAGGGGGCGCCCAGCUGGGCAGAAUGGGCGGCAGCACCCAGGGCCCACGCUCCGUGUCUGUGUCCGCUCUGCCCACCUCAGACUCCCCGAUCCCUGGCCCCUGUGAGGGCCUCUCGGACACCUGUAUCCUCCUGCACACCAGUGGCCGGCUGACCCCCCGGGCCCUGCACAGCUUCAUCACCCCUCCGACCACACCCCAGCUGCGAAGGCACACCAAGCUGAAACCGCCGCGGACGCCGCCCCCGCCCAGCCGCAAGGUUUUUCAGCUGCUGCCCAGCUUCCCCACGCUCACCCGGAGCAAGUCCCAUGAGUCUCAGCUGGGGAACCGCAUUGACGAGGUCUCCCCGAUGAGGUUUGAUCUCCCACAUGGAUCCCCGCAGAUGGUACGAAGGGAUAUCGGGCUGUCGGUGACUCACAGGUUCUCCACCAAGUCUUGGCUGUCCCAGGUCUGCCACGUGUGCCAGAAGAGCAUGAUGUUUGGAGUGAAAUGCAAGCAUUGCAGAUUGAAAUGUCAUAACAAGUGUACAAAGGAAGCCCCUGCCUGUAGAAUAUCCUUCCUCCCACAACCUAGGCUUCGGAGGACGGAAUCUGUCCCCUCGGAUAUCAACAACCCAGUGGACAGAGCAGCUGAGCCCCAUUUCGGAACCCUCCCCAAAGCACUGACAAAGAAGGAGCAUCCUCCGGCCAUGAACCACCUGGACUCCAGCAGCAACCCGUCCUCCACCACAUCCUCCACGCCCUCCUCGCCGGCACCCUUCCCAACAUCAUCCAAUCCAUCCAGUGCCACCACGCCCCCCAACCCCUCUCCUGGCCAACGGGACAGCAGGUUCAACUUCCCAGCUGCCUACUUCAUUCAUCAUAGACAGCAGUUUAUCUUUCCAGACAUUUCAGCAUUUCCACAGGCAGUCCCAUCCCCUGAUGCGGCGGACAGCACCCGGCUCGACAACCAGCCAAAAGCAGACGUGUUGGAGGAUCAUGACGUGGAGGCCGAGGAGCCGGAGGCCGGCAAGUCCGACGCAGAGGGUGACGACGACGAGGUGGACGAUUUGCCCAGCUCCCGCCGGCCCUGGCGGGGCCCCAUCUCUCGCAAGGCCAGCCAGACCAGUGUGUACCUGCAGGAGUGGGACAUCCCUUUUGAGCAAGUGGAGCUGGGCGAGCCCAUCGGGCAGGGCCGCUGGGGCCGGGUGCACCGCGGCCGCUGGCACGGCGAGGUGGCCAUCCGCCUGCUGGAGAUGGACGGCCACAACCAGGACCACCUGAAGCUGUUCAAGAAGGAGGUGAUGAACUACCGGCAGACGAGACACGAGAACGUGGUGCUCUUCAUGGGGGCCUGCAUGAACCCGCCCCACCUGGCCAUCAUUACCAGCUUCUGCAAGGGGCGGACGUUGCACUCAUUUGUGAGGGACCCCAAGACAUCUCUGGACAUCAACAAGACCAGACAGAUUGCCCAGGAGAUCAUCAAGGGCAUGGGCUAUCUACAUGCCAAGGGCAUUGUGCACAAAGAUCUCAAAUCCAAGAACGUCUUCUAUGACAAUGGCAAAGUGGUCAUCACAGACUUCGGGCUGUUUGGCAUCUCAGGCGUGGUCCGAGAGGGCCGGCGUGAGAACCAGCUGAAGCUGUCCCAUGACUGGCUCUGCUACCUGGCCCCGGAGAUCGUCCGCGAGAUGACCCCCGGGAAGGACGAAGACCAGCUGCCGUUCUCCAAAGCUGCUGACAUCUAUGCGUUUGGGACUGUUUGGUAUGAACUGCAAGCAAGAGACUGGCCCCUUAAGAACCAAGCUGCAGAGGCCUUGAUCUGGCAGAUUGGAAGCGGAGAGGGUAUGAAGCGUGUCCUGGCCUCCAUCAGCCUGGGGAAGGAAGUGACUGAGAUCCUGUCCGCCUGCUGGGCUUUCGACCUGCAGGAGAGGCCCAGCUUCACCCUGCUGAUGGACAUGCUGGAGAAGCUGCCCAAAUUGAACCGGCGGCUCUCCCACCCCGGCCACUUCUGGAAGUCUGCUGAGUUGUAGGCCUGGCUGCCUUGCAUGCACCGGGGGCUUUCUUCCUCCUAAUCGACACUCAGCACCGUGACUUCUGCUCAAACACAAACUGACGUGCGGGCACUAACCCAGGGGAUGCGAUCUCUGCCGCUCCAGGCAUCUCUCCCGAGACUUCUUCUUUCGCUUUGUUGUUUUUCAAACUGGCCCCCUCCCCUCUCCACGGCCUGCGUGUGCUUGAAUAACUACUGUCCACGAGGACCUCCUAACAGACCCCCCCACCCCGCCCAGCAGAGGUGCCUCCCCCCGGAUGGGACUUCAUUCUCUAACUCUUCCUCUGGGGGGCAGCGCCCAGGCGGCCCUGUCUCCCCACUAACACCUCCGUGAGACCGACGCGCGCCGCCCCCCAAGCACAUCGGCCUCCCACUGGCUGGGUCCACAGUGCGGGGCAGGGCUUUUGCUUGGCUGUUAACCUGCAAGGUUUUGUCCAACAAGGAGUGGGAUGAUUUCAGAGCUGCCCAAGGCCAGCCCUCUCUGGGAGGGGCCUGGGGAGGUGGACACCAGAGUCCCGUUGCUCUGAAAGACACUACCUGGGAAGGGCUUUGUCCACAGCGGUGCCCUCAGGAAAGUGGUCCUAAAACUAAGGGGGCCUGUUGCCAAACAAUUUCACUGAUGAGAGCAAAGCUUCUGCUGCCAGUCCCCACAACGUUACUCCCUUUACAGACAGAAAGUACCAGAACCCAAGUCAGUGUUCAAGAGUGUGGCUGAGAGGCCACACACAGUCACUGUGCUGCUUCCCAAAUGCAGGUCUCCGGGGUCCCCCCAAAGCAAGUCCAGGUCUUUGGAGGCAUGUUCUGAGAGUCUGCGUUUCUACUGCCUCCCGGAGGGUCCUGAUGCCCCCCUCCCCACAAUGUUUGGGGACCAUUUCCAGAAGGAUUGUGUGAGGCCACUCUCGGCACUUGGGGUCCAGUUUCUCUUUCUCCUGGUUGCACUCGGAGCAGAGCCCUCCUGGGCCGCAAGUGAGAAAGUAGCUCAGUCGAGCCCGCGGCAAUGACAGCCUGCCAGGUGCCGGGGACUCUGCCACUAACCAGCUCAUGUCCCCCAGGAGGGAUGUGCCAAGUCUUUGCACCCCGGCCAAGUCUGACCAGGAGCAGCUCUGCCAAGGCUGUUGGCUUGCAGCCGUUCUUGCUUCUUGCUUCUUGCUGGGGCGGGUCCUCUGUGGAGCUUCUGAAACCGGCCCGCUCCUUACCUAACAUUAUCCUGCUUCCAGUAAAGACCAGCGUGGCUGUAACCCAUGUUUUUGUUCCUCUUUGCAGCAUUAACAGCAGCAAAGUUGUACCCCGGUUUGAAAGGUUUGGCUUGGGUGUCCUGGAGUCCAGUAAUCCAAAGAUGUAGCCAGCCGUACAGUUUCUCUGCCGAUUUCUUUCUUUCUUAAACGUGUUUCUAAAGCAUCCAAACAACCACCAUGACACAAACGAAAACACUCUUUGAAACAUCGGUCCACCCUCCUAAGUGCUGCAGACCAGGAGUGUGAGUCCUCCACUCAGACGUUCAUCCACAAAAACACCAGGAGAUAGAGCUGCACCUGCUGUUUCUUAAAGUCAUAUCACCAACAACCAGACCUGCCCCGACAGGCAGCGAAUGUUUACAUGUAUGUUUCUGGGGCGUGAACUCAAUGCUUUACAACAGGUAAUAAUACAGAGUGGUCCGCAGAGGCUGGGAUGGUGGAAGCGGCCUUCCCCUCCGGAGGACCCUGGCGGCAGUGAGGAAAAGGAAGAAAAGCAUCCUGACUGUGGCUGUUCUCGGGGUAGGAUGGGGACCACAAGGUUUGACCUGGACUCUGCUUUGGCCCUAAAGCCUAUCCGUGGGGAAUGUCCCUCUGUAGGGUUCUCCUCCUAUCCUAACAAAGGGACACUGUCCCUUUUUUCCUCUGGCAAAGGAAACCCUGGCUAGGAACCAAGCUGGAUUAUGAGGGUCAGGAGUUCCCAGAGGGCUUGGGUUCCCUUUUGACCCCAGUAACCCAGCCCAUAGCUGCUGGAAAAGUCGAGACAGAUUAAAUCCAAAUGAUGUCUGGAUUGAUCCAGGGGUUGGUGGCCAGGGUUUCCAGCACCUGUAGAGAGGUCUCUUUCACACAGCUUCCAGGAAGACACCAAGGAGAUGGCCCUCAGGGCUUCAGCUUCUUAGACACAUCCCGGUCCUGGCUGACACUUGACCCCAGAGCUAAGGCCCAGCCCGGCAGCUGCGUGUACCAUGAAGCCUUGCUCAGGGAGAACAAAGAGGGGAGGGGGAGGGAGAAGUGGCAGGCAGCGGGUUCCUGAGCCCACCCUCCCAGCCACAGGGUGACCUGGCUCUUCAGAAGCCCCACCAGUCAUGCCAAGGUUCUGGAAUUGCCCACCCCUUCUUCUCCAAUCCUGUUGGAAGCCCAUAGCCACGCCUGACCCUUCCACUGUCCUUGCUCUGAGCUCUUAGCUGAGACGGGAGGCCUGUGCCCCUCCACGCUGUUGAUCUAGACCACCCAGUCCACCAGUCCUCAGAGCCUCCCCUGAACCAAGUCAGGACCAUCUGUGCCUGUAUAUUUGCACCAGAAGGAGGGGCUUGACUGGGGGAUGUCCGUGGUGUGAGCACAUCCUGCCUGUCUUCAUUAGAAGCUGUCACCUAAGGAGAACAGUUCCAAAUGGAAAAGAAGCCUUUAGUGGGCGUUACGCCAUGUUAGGCUUCAAACCAGGACUGACCAAGGGUGAUGAGGCUGGAGAUGUGGUUGGAUUCAGACCCAGAAUCUGUGUCCAUAUGCCCUGAGCCAAGAUGGGGGCAUGUGGCCCUCCCAUCCCUUUCAUUUACACCCGCCUAGCAAAGCUCCCAAUCUUCAGAGCCUUCCCUGGAGUCUGGCCAAAAUGUCAUACGAAGCAGGCCACUGCCUAGAAGUGGUAGGGCUGCCUUCCUGACUCCGGGUCAGGCGCCCCUCAGGUGGGCCACCCUCGCCUGGAGAGCACAGCUGUGCAGCGGUGUGAGGUGUCUGGGCUCCCGCUGCCCCUCAGCGCCCCAGACCUGAGCUCCUUAACCCUUCCCAGUCAGGGUGUGUGGGGAAGACCAGAGCUGUGAGCCAGCUGGAUUCAGCUCUGGGUGGAUCUUUCCUCUUCUGUGGGCCUGCUGGCUUCACCCCCUCAUCCCUUGGCCUCCCCGAUGGGUGUCACGCCUGUGGGUCAGUUCAAGAAGGUUUCAUCGAGCACUGACUGUGUCUUGAGCAAGUGUAGGGGACCCCGCGAUGGGAGCAGUCACGGUCCCUGCCCCUAAGGAACUGACGCUCAGCCAGGAACCCUGAGGGGUUGCUGAAGGCCUGGAGGACGGUCCCUUCAUCUUCAGGACCCCGGACAGCCGCCCAGCCCUUGGCCUAGCCUCUGGGCUGCCUGUCCCUUAGGAGAAACGUGGUCCCUUCUCCCUGUCAAAGUGACUGUGAAUUGAGGUUGGGAAGACGUGCUUGCCCUUCUGUGUGCUCUCCCUGUCUGCCAUGGAGACACAUGAAGGACGGCCAGAUACUGUGAAUUCAGCGCUCACGGCCAACUGUGAAGGGGAUGGAGAAGCUGGGACAGCCUCCUUGGCAAGAGCUCUGGGAGCUGCGGAGGUCCCCACCAGGGCCUGAGAGUGGAGCCCAAGCUUUGGUCCUUCGCGGCACAGCCUCAGUCCCCAGCAUCCCCUCCAGAACCCUAGGGCCCGUGCCCCCGUUGCCUUUAACCCCCAGAGCCGCAGCCCCUGGCUCUCCAUCCAGCUCAAGAUCUUCAAUCAAGCUCCCCCAUUGGUAGCGGGCGGUGUAGCAACGUUGACCUCUCCGUGUCACCGAGUCCAGGGCGCUGGAGUCCCUCUGUCCUCGUGGCAUUCUUGUGAUCCGAGGGGCCAGCCGCGUGCCCUGCACGCCUGCACUGCUGUUCCACGUUGAUUAGGGGGCCUGGUGGAGACACAAAUGUGAAGCCGUUAGGGAGCUCGUGUGAUGCUUCAACGUUAGCCCGAAUUUCAUUAGUGUGUGUAAAGCCCGCCUCCUCCGUGGCCACAGGCACACACUUGCUUUUUUUGAAUGUGAUGUAAAAUCUGUACAGUAAAAGUUUUUAUAUUUUCUAUCAACUGCAUUUGUCUUCCAGAAAUGCUAUUAAUUUAAAUUAAAAUGGUUAGUAUUAAUGAAUGUGCUGUAUCCGUUUUUUUGUCACUGGCAAGAACACAUCCUUUGUGCCAGGCCAAGCCUGGGUGUCUGGAGUUUGUGAAUAAAAUUGUACC